AUGCAUGCAGCCAUGCUGCGACUUCCACGGCAUUUGCUGCUGUCGACGGGCAUAAGGGAGGCUGUGCUGCAGCCGGGAGUGGCGCCGGAGUCUUUAGUGAGGAGGCACACGAGUUCGUGCGACUGCAGCAGCAAUAGCAGCAGCAAUAGCAGCAGCAGUACCAGGCAGCCCAUGUCUCCAACGCCUUCUCCGGCAAAACUCCCCUUCUGCGUGAGUGCAGUGCUCCAGCAAGGAACGCUGCUGCAAAUGCUGCUGCAGCAAAUGCAAGGCAGUCCAGAGGCAGCAACAGCUGCCGCCGAGAUCAACGAAGGGGGGCUUACUGCGUAUUGCGUAUAUUGCGCUGGUCACCUUCUCGUUCCUGGCCUCUUAAGACUUGAUAAAAAUCGCCUUAUCUUCAAGGAAGCGCCUCCUAGGGAUGACAAGGGCCACCUUCUCUGCCAAAGCGGCCAAAUUCCGGAGAUGCGCAUUUUUCUGGGCGACAUUUUGGAGUGUGCAUGCGUCAUGGCCCCUCCUCUAGACGACUUGCUGCCGUCCCCUUCGUUAGCAGCCACUGCUGCAGCCGAGGCAGCAGCAGCAGCAGCCGCUGCGUCGGUGCAGCGGUCCUACACGGCUGCAACUUGCAGCCUGCUCGACGCUGCAAAGGCAGAACCUCCCUCCUACUUGCAGGUGCUGCUAAGGACGCUAGGCUCAGACCAGGAGCCAGCAGCGCACACCAUGCAGCAGCAGCAGCAGCAGCAGAAGGCUACACGGCGCGAAGGGAAGAGUGGGAGGUGGCCUCUAGCGGAUGUCGAGCAGGUGCCAGCAUCGCACGUUGCGGUCUGUGCGGGAAGCCCUUGCAAGUCGACGUCAGCAGCAGCGUCCUUUGAGGAGCUGCCCGUUGGCUCUGCAGCAGCAGCAGCCGCCGCAGCAGCAACAGCAGCAGCAGCAGCAGCAGCAGCCAAUGGCCCUUCGGCUCAGCAAAAACAGGCGCAAGGCAAGUCGUCUCCGCAAAGGAGAGGCUCCCUGACGGAGUGGCUUCGAUCGUGGAAACACACCAGCACCCCGCCUACCCCCGAAGAUCUACCGUCGCAACAGCUGCCGCAGCAGGAGCAGGAGGGGCAGCAGCAGCAGCAGCAAGCGCAGAAACACGGAGGCAUUGAAUACGGCCUUUGUGUGCAGCGAGAAUGUGAGGACGAGGAAGAGCAUCAGGAGCAAGAGCACGAGCCACAGCCACUCAAAGCUGCAGGCCGCAGUUGCACGAUGGUCCCUUGCUCAUCUAAUGCGGUGAUAAAUGCAUGGGAAGAAGCACUUGAUCGAACGGCGGAGUUUCCAGUAAUGCUGUCCUCGUCAAUAACCAGCGGUCUGGAGGGCAGCGUGGAGCAGCAGCAGCAAGGCGAUUUCUGGUACGACGAGGGAAACGUAGCAGCUCUGGCAGCUCCGCAGCAGGAAGAAAUGAAGGGCCCUCUAUGUUCGUCUUCCUUCGCGCCGUACGCGUUUGCCGCACCCGUCCUCGAAAGACCUCCUGGAGCUGCUACGUUUGUAUCUCCCCAUAUUGCUGCUCAGAUUUGCAUGCACUUGCCCCUUAUGAUUUCGAUGAAGCGUUGGCAUCUGGCCUUCUGUCUCAAGCUCCACGGCAUUUCGUUUCAGACGUUCUUUCGGAGAGUGAGUCAUUCUGGUGGGUGCGUCAUCGCCGUAGAGGAUUCUGAAGGCGUAGUAUUUGGAGCCUUCACAGAUGAAUUCCACAAGUCGUACAAAUACUAUGGGUCCGCCGACACAUUCGUCUUUACUUUCAAGGGUCCAGAUGGCAAGCAGCCAGCAGAGAACCCCAGUAUCCACGUGUACACCUGGAGCAGCAGCAACGCUUUCUUUUGUUUCACGGAUGGCGAGACUAUUGUCGUUGGAGGGGGUGGUCAUUAUGCCCUUACGAUCGAUAGAGACUUCUUAAGAGGCAGUUCCCAGUGCUGCCCCACUUUCAACUCUCCGCCUUUAGCGUCUUCGCAAGACUUUAUCCUCAGAAACUUGCAGGUAGGGAGGGAUACACAGGCAUGCAGGCGUUCCAAAACGCAUGCUCUCACACAUAUGCGCGGAGAGGAAGACCGUUGCGCACUUCCUGGCUGCUCUGAUGACGCGAGCCUGGGGAAUAGGGGGUGGCCUUUAUAG